UCAUCCAGUGAACGGGAGGCGAUAGAGAGGUUUCAGUUUGUUUUUCAGGGACAACUUGAUCCAGUUUAGUAGGGUUUAGUAUUUUCUUGGUGCUACAAUGACCGAACAGCCAACUACUGUGAUAAAUACAACAGGAAAAUGUAUGUUACACAACUGGGCAGAGGAGAGGGCCGUUGCCGCACUUGACAACCAGGAGACGAUGAUGGAAAUCCAGAAACAUGGACACAGAGGGAUUCUCACGAUGGACCAGGAGUCUAAAAUGGAGGCCGUCACCACGCUGAGAGCAACUUACACCCCUCCGAAAAGUCCAGGGGUGAGGCUGCGGGGCAUCAGAGGCGAGCUUUUGGAAAAACACAUCGCCCAGAUGAUAAGGGAGAAGAUUCAGGCUGACAUGAACCCACCGACUCCCAAAACCAACUUCUGCUCCACAACCCAGAAAGAUUUCUGUGUUGAUGGGUUUGUCUCUGUUACUCCUAAAUCAACACAAGUUCAUGAUUAUAAAAAUGACCAGGCUGUCACAUUUUGGAGUGAAAACUGCCAGCGGGUACAGGGUGUCACCACCAUAAAGACCCUGAAAGCACCUUUCAAGAAGUCGGCCCUGUUCAGCACACCCAUCAGCGAGCGGCUGGAUGAAAUCGAGCUCCUAUCUGACGACUGAGUCAGUGUACCACGUAACAUCACAUUACUACCCAUUAAUAUGAAACUGAUGGCCCUCUUUAAGUUCUUGUCAGGAGGGUGACAUAUUUUCAGUCAGCAGUGGACUUUUAACCUGCCAAACAAACCAUCUCUGAACUUAAUAAAACAGAUUCACUGAGAAACAUUUGCCUCCGUGUAACUCUAGUCAGCACUGACCCAAAGCAUUACCGGUGACACACAGUGCAGACCGCAGCCAGUAAACAAACAACUAAGAGAAUAAAGAGACGUAGCUGCGUUGCUCCUCAUUUCCCCCCUCUCAUUUUGUUGUUAUGUUUUUCUUGACCAGUGUACAAUUGCUCCACUUUUGGCCGUCCUCUGACAUUUCCUUUAGCUUUAAUGGGUACGCUUGGUAUUUUUCAACCCGGUAACAUUGUAGCUGCAGCAGUCUCACUCAGUAUUGGACCAGUUUCAAAACUUGUUGUUCCCAUUCAUCACUCGGACACAAAAACAUGGGAAAAAAAUAGGAUCCAGGUUGGAAAACACCAAACGUAUCCUUUAGGUUUGAAUUUCUGUAGGAUCCAUAUGUCCUUGGUCUGCUCAGCCAAACCACCGGUUUGUCAGUCACCUCUGGAAAAAUUAACCACAUCAUUUACAUGACAUGUACAUGUACGUAUAAACAUUAUGACCACACGUAAAUGCUUCCAUGAAGUGGAAACAGAUUGGAUUAGUAGAGUGGCAAAAGUGGGAUUUAUGCACAGGGAAUGUUGCU